AUGAUUGAAUCCGUUGGUACUAAAUUUUUCAAAUCGAUCACUGAAACAGCUGACAAUCUCGGUGGUCGAUUUGAAAUUGCUUUUACAAAUUUCUCCAAUAAAAUUGCAGAAGAUGCCGAUAUAUUGGCUUUGGAAAUUACAUCAUUGUCAACUCUUAUCAAAAUUGUACUUUUUAUACUAAUCAUACUUCUUCUACUGAUCAUUUUCAAGUAUUUAACAAUUGGAAUAUUGUUUUUUAAAAAACGAUGGCUUCAACAUCAUACUCAAUCAUUGAAGACGCAAUUCGUUAUUCUGGCAACACCCGUGAAAGUGGAAAUGGAUUCUGCAAUUUUCAAAAAGCAAUACGAUAACUUAACAGCUGUCGUUCAACUUCAAGCUAUCGCUUCUGAUGGACAAUUCUUAUUAAAGCCUUUAAAGGAGUAA